CAACGUCACGGUGUUGGGAGUCACGUGACCGGCAAAGGCGGCUGUGUGGAGGACCUUUAGUCAAUGGAAUAAAAUGUAUCAACCGAAACAAAACGUGAAUGUCUGUCUUCUCUACAUCUGCUGAACUUCAGGUACCACAUAACUCCAUUAAAACCAGAUGUAUCUGAGCUACAGCCGCUACUGUUAAUGGCUAAACAAUGAAGGCCCAGUUACAAAUAACAGUUUUGUCAGCUAAGCUGAAAGAGAACAAGAAGAACUGGUUUGGGCCUAGUCCAUAUGUGGAGGUGGCUGUAGAUGGCCAGUCAAAGAAAACAGAGAAGUGCACCAACACUCUCAGUCCAAAAUGGAAGCAGCCGCUCACAGUAAUUGUUACUCCAUUCAGCAAGUUAAUAUUCCGUGUCUGGAGUCAUCAGACCCUCAAAGCAGACCUUUUGUUGGGAAUGGCCACUUUAGAAGUCAGUGAGACCCUCAAAUCCAAUGACAUGAAGAUCCACGAGGUGAUCCGGACUCUACCUCUGAGUGCAGAUGCAGAGGGCAUUGACUUAGUGGGAGAUCUGUCUGUGUGUCUGGAUGGGAUGCGGGUGGAUCCUGAAACAUUUGCUUCUGAGGAACAGAGGCACAAUGGUCUACCAAAUAGGGAGUUCAAGCUAGAAGCCACUGGAAGAUCGAGUCGAGAUUCGUCACCCUCCAGUGACAUUGCUGAUGAUUCUUCUCUGCCCAAUGGUCAUGCUGUGGGCAACACAGCUUCUCCCUCAACUUCCACAGGAGCUCUGCGACCUCCAAGGCCCCCAAGACCCCAGAGACCACCUCCUCCCUCUCCACAGAGACCAAACUCCUCCACAGCAUCCUCUACUGGCUCUACACCGACCCAUGGCAGUGGUGGUCCAAGUCCAGACUCAUCCCCACGCUUAUUUGUGAAUGGAGAAACAGCAAGCCAGGGUUCGACCUCAGGGUCAGCCCUGAGAGUGAGCCCCACUCCACGUAGAGUUUCUCCCAUCAACAAUGGCCCACUUCCUCAUGGCUGGGAACAGAGGGUGGAUCAGAAUGGUCGUAUAUACUAUGUGGAUCACAUUGAGAAAAAGACCACAUGGGAGCGGCCUGAACCUUUGCCUCCUGGCUGGGAGCGCCGCGUGGACCCAAUGGGCCGAGUGUAUUAUGUGGAUCACAUUAGUCGGAGCACCACAUGGCAGCAGCCCACUGCAGAGUCUGUGAGGAAUUAUGAGGAAUGGCAGAACCAACGUAGCCAGUUACAGGGAGCCAUGCAGCAGUUCAACCAGAGAUUUAUUUUUGGGUUACAGGAUCAACUAGCGCCAGCUCCUAAUAAAGAGUUUGAUCCACUGGGUCCUUUACCACAGGGAUGGGAGAAGCGAACUGAUACAAAUGGGAGAAUGUACUUUGUUCAUCAUACUACGCGUUCAACACAGUGGGAGGAUCCUCGAACUCAGGGGCUUUUAAAUGAAAAGCCCCUGCCAGAAGGUUGGGAGAUGAGGUUCACAGUGGACGGGAUUCCAUAUUUUGUUGACCACAACAGGAGAACGACCACCUACAUCGACCCUCGCACAGGGAAAUCCUCACUUGAGAAUGGCCCUCAGAUUACCUAUGUGCGUGACUUUAAAGCUAAAGUGCACUAUUUCCGCUUCUGGUGUCAGCAACUGGCAAUGCCUCAGCACAUCAAAAUCAACGUCAGUCGCAAGACACUUUUUGAGGAUUCUUUUCAGCAGAUCAUGAGCUUCCACCCACAAGAUCUGAGGCGGAGACUAUGGAUCAUCUUUCCAGGAGAGGAGGGACUGGACUAUGGAGGCGUAGCUAGGGAAUGGUUUUUCCUGUUGUCUCAUGAAGUUCUGAACCCCAUGUACUGUCUUUUUGAGUAUGCGGGUAAAGACAACUACUGCCUGCAGAUCAACCCUGCGUCCUCCAUUAACCCAGACCACCUCAAAUAUUUCAAGUUCAUUGGAAGAUUUAUUGCUAUGGCUUUGUUUCAUGGAAAAUUCAUAGACACCGGCUUUUCUCUGCCCUUCUAUAAGCGGAUCUUGAACAAGCCUCUGGCCCUGAAAGACCUGGAAUCCAUUGACCCUGAGUUCUACAACUCACUAAUCUGGAUCAAGGAGAAUAACUUGGAGGAGUGUGGGCUGGAGAUGUAUUUCUCAGUGGAUAAGGAGAUCUUGGGUGAGGUCACCACUCAUGAGCUCAAGCCAGAUGGAGGAAACGUUCUUGUUACCGAGGAAAAUAAGGAAGAGUACAUCAGACUGGUGGCAGAGUGGAGAUUAUCCAGGGGGGUAGAGGAACAGACUCAAGCUUUCUUUGAAGGUUUUAACGAAGUCUUGCCUCAGCAGUAUCUACAGUAUUUUGACGCCAAAGAGCUGGAGGUGAUGCUGUGUGGAAUGCAGGAGAUUGAUCUUUCAGACUGGCAGAGGAACACAAUCUACAGACAUUAUGCCCGCAACAGCAAGCAGAUCAUGUGGUUCUGGCAGCUUGUGAAAGAAAUGGACAACGAGAAGAGGAUGCGAUUGUUACAGUUCGUGACCGGGACUUGCAGGCUUCCUGUUGGAGGGUUUGCUGAUCUCAUGGGGAGCAAUGGGCCACAGAAGUUCUGCAUCGAGAAAGUGGGAAAAGAGAACUGGCUUCCCAGGAGCCACACAUGUUUCAACCGUUUGGAUCUGCCUCCCUAUAAGAGCUAUGAGCAGCUCAAAGAAAAGUUGAUGUUUGCCAUCGAGGAGACAGAAGGCUUUGGCCAAGAGUGAUGCAUAAAUUCGCACCCCUGCAUGUCGUUUGCACGUCUCCAUGGCAGCAGUUUACCAUUCAGACUUACCUGAGAGAAUGCUGCUAAACGACUGAAAUAUAGAGGUGUAGUGAGAAGAUAAAACAUCUUGAGAGCACCAUUCUUUCCUCACAUCACCUAGGCUCAAAUUUCCCCUCUGAUUUCAAAUGCACUUUUUGAAAUGUCACUAUUUUGUGGUUAUUCUGUCUUUGUUUGUCAUCUGUGUACCAGAAUGUCUGGGCUUAAAUGAACUAAAUCCCACACACACACACACACACACACACACACAGUCCAGGCUAUGCACCCUGGUUGGCUGGAUUCAUAAUAAGUAUUUUACAAGAUUUGUUUAAUCUUGUAUAUGCCUCAUUUACAGUCGGGUACUUGUUUUUCUGGCAGCAUUUAUAGUAGCCUGACUGUAUGCAUGAAUUUUCCAUUUUAUUUUAUAGGCUCUCUAUCAUUUGGGUACAUGUCUGAGUACUCUGCUGAGUUUCAGAAUUUCAAUCAGAAUGUUUUCACACUGAUAAAACACUUUGAGAAAUGAGCUUGAUGGCUAAUAGAUUUUGCCAGAGUUUUGAGAGUUGAUAAACAUAGAAGACAUUGGGUUAUCAAAUCUCUUAUGAAAACCUGGAGAGGAUCAGCAACUAGUUUUAGUCUUCUGGUGUCUAGAAUCAGCCUUCCAAUUUUUGAAAUGGGUGCAUGCUUUUAGUGCAAGUUAAUCCAUCUGCUGUAAGUGAACCAUAUCAUCCCAACAUUGAAAAAGAGUUGGGAUGGGAUCGUCCAAAUCUAUUUUAUCUGAAAUAAUAUACAAAUCCCUCAUCUAGUUUUCUGAGAAAUUUUUUUAAAUGAGCAAGUUAGGAAGAUGUAAGAUAGAAGAUUGCAUUUUUAAAUACUAUGAUGUACAUGUCAUUGUGGUAAAAAUGAUUUGUAAAUCUGGUUGAUACCAUUAGGCUUUAGUCUAGGAAAUAAAAUUAGUUUCUUUUUGACAAGUGACUAGUUUCUAUUUGAUUUUUUUCUCUGCGUUAUUUACGGCAUAUGGCAGAUGACACUAUCUGUAUGUUGACAAGCCCAUGAAACGUUCUAAAUUGAGCCGAUUUUCAUUAGACGCGAGUCUGACCAUGCACUUGUCACUUUCUAGUUUUCUGAGCAGGUUUAGAUUUCUCCAAAACUGUCCUGAACACCUGAAUCCCUUUAAAGACCUUACCAUGCUUUAAUGUAGAAAUCAAAAGUUGAAUACGAUCACCAGUAACGAUUUUGCUUGGGCAUUUCAGGUCUUCUACUGUUUAAAGGUGCUUCAUUUUCAUUACUGGUGUUUUCUUUUUAAUGAAAUUACUGAUAUGGUGUUUGCUUUAGGAGCUAGAAUUAUUCUGAAAAAAUGCAACGCUGUGUAUUUGAACUAUUAUGUUAAUAUAAAUUUCAACAGCAAAAUCUUGCCACGUAGUUUUAAAGAGCAUAGUGAGUUGUCUGCUUUCACUGUAGGGUCUGAUCAUAUCUGUGUUUGGAAUAGAAGCGACAUCAAUCGUUAAUAGCAAGGUUAGUAUAGCACUAGCUCAAAACCCAAAUAGAGAUAAUGAGAUAACUUAAUAAGUGAAACAACUCCCCUCUCUAAACUGUGAGCUUGUGUUGUUUAUGUCGGAGUUGGAGUACAUUAUUUUCUUAAUUACUUUGUUUUUAAAUCGAAUGGAUAUGCCUGAAUAGGUCAGACAUCAUUAACUUUAAUUCUUCAUGUGUCAGUUCAGUAAUAAAACAGACAAAUGCACUCCUGUUUAAAUUACGUCUGAUAAAUAAAUAAAAUAAAGAAGCAAACAGAUCAUCAGUCUGUUAGUUCUUGGCUAGUUACUGGAUUAACCUGCCUGAUGUCAAAAUUAUGCAAAAUUAAAAUAUCAUUUUGUGAUGUACAGUGAAAUGGAUUCCAGUGCUGAAUGAAAUUGUCUUUAUUUCUGUGAAAUCAACUAUUUAUUUUGUAAAAGUAGUUUUUCAAAGAGCCACGAUGUCCGGCUGACUUUGUACACCACUGUUUUAAGAGUACGGUUUAAAUUUACAGGCAGUACACUGAACGACGUACUAUUGACAUUAAGUUGAUCUUGAUUUUUUUAUCCCUGUAGCCAAAACAAAUCCGUGAUCAUAUGCUGUGGUGUGAUAUUGAUUGACAGUGCUCUAACUGAUCUGUGGUGAUUUGUCAACAAAUUGAGGUUAAUAUUAUGUCAUUCAGUUGCCCAUUAACCCCCUUGUAUGUAAUCAUGUCUUAAAAACCAUUUUGCAGAAAGUUUCAGACUGUUUCAUCGCUUUAUUUUCUUAUCUAACAAAUAUAUUGUAAAUCUUGUAACAUUUAGCUUAUCUUUUAAUAAGUGGGGUUUAAUGUUAUUUUAAACUAAUUUUAUUUUUCUUAUGUGGAUGUGUACAGUUGGUUGAUUUCUUGUCAAAAUAUUCUGAACUGAAGAAAUAAAUACAUAAUGCAUAA